CGGAAAAGUAUUUCUGGAUUUCUAAGUCUGAAGUCAAUGUCCUGCUACAUUGUGCCGAUACAUCCAUGCCUGAGUACGAGACCUUGGGUGAUCACCACUCACAAGGAAACGAGAAUGUUGAGCCAGCUUCAAAACCAGAGCUUCCCAAAGUGAGUGGACGAGCCUGGGGAAGACUGCUGAAAGUCUUUGACUUGUCCUGUGCCACGUCCUUCAUUUUGAUCACUGAUUUCUUUGAAAAGCUUGCUUAUUUUGGACUAAGAGCUAUCCUGGUGUUAUACUUCACUGAUGCACUCUUCCUGACUGAGAGCAAGGCCACAUCUCUCUACCAUAUACUCAUCUUCUUCUCCAUAUCCUUCAACAUCUUGGGAGCCUUCCUCUCGGAUUUCUGCUGUGGUCGAUACAGGUGUAUUCUCAUCUCCACCACAUUGUACCUGGUUGGUACUAUUGUAUUGUCAACCACUGCCAUUUCAGUACUAAAUGGGAAGUCAGGGGUGGGUUCCUACAUUGGGCUCUUCCUCAUUAUGUUGGGAUCUGGCUGCAUCCGAUCCAACAUGCCGCCCUUUGGUGCUGAUCAGAUUGGUGCAAAAGAGGAGAAACAAUACUGGGUGUACUUUUCACUUUACUACUUUUUGAUGAAUUUGGCAUCUUCAGUCUCUGGGAUUGCCAUACCGAUUCUGAGAGAGGAUGUCCAGUGUUUCAAUUCCGACUGCUUCCCCCUUGCAUUCGGAGUUUCUGCGAUAGCCAUGCUGGUGGCUUUAGUGGUCUUUGGACUGGGUACAUUCAGGUACAAGAACUACCCACCAACUGGAAACCUGUUCUGCAAAGUGUUGUGUGCCACAGGGAGUGCCCUCAAAAACAAGAUCAAGUGGUUCAUGAAUAAGAAGAAGGAGAAAGCUAAAGACCAUUGGUUGGACUGGGCUGACCCAACCUAUGAGAAAGAGAUCAUCAGUGAUGCGAAGCGCCUGUAUAACUUGCUGGCAUUAUACCCGCUGCUACCAAUGUACUGGGCCCUCUAUGAGCAACAGGGCUCACGGUGGACCCUUCAGGCCCAGGAGAUGGAUAAGAACGUGGGUUCACUCAAACUGAAAGCCGACCAACUACAGACUCUGAACACGUUCUUUGUGCUGGUGCUGCUGCCGUUAUUUGAAGGAGUCAUCUAUCCUCAGUUUGAGAAGAUAAACUUGCUACUUCAGCCGGUUGCAAGGAUGUCCUUUGGGCUGAUUGGAGCUGUUGUUGCAUUUUUGAUCGCUGGGAUUGUCCAGUUACAAAUUCAGCUAUCACCCAGUUAUCCUGUGCCCGUUGAUCCCUACACACUACACAUUGUUCCUGUACACUGCUCAGUGCCUCCAUUGUCAGAAAGCAUCAACUUCACAACGGACUCGAAGACCAGGAGUACCCUCUUCGUUGUGCAAGAUCUCAAAACCAGGGAACUUACUGUCGAACAGGUUCCUGACAACAAUAUGAAGAUUUCGGAUAACUUAGCUCUUGUUCGGAUCUUGCCCCUGCUGGGAACAGCAUCAUCUAACCACAACAGAACUGUGAGACUGAUGUGCAACCCAGAUGCUUUUGAAGACUUGGAUGUGAGACCAUCUGUCCCAUCGAACUACACAUCUCUACAACUGGGCAGGUGCUCUUUACAGCUGUUGGGGGAAGCUGGGUUCAGUUUUCUCCCUGUUGAGGGAGAGGUGGAACUGAAAGAAGGUGGAGUUUAUACAAUUGUUCUCUAUCAAGCUAACAACACAGGGAAUGUCACCAUGCAGUUGCACAUUGACAACUGGCCAAAGAUGGUCUCAGUGCUGUGGCAGAUUCCCCAGUAUCUGGUAAUCUCAAUAUCUGAGAUACUGUUUGUGGUACCUGGACUACACAUGGCUUAUACUCAGGCACCAUCCUCCAUGAGGUCCGUGACUAUGGCAGCUUGGUUUGCUACCAAAGGUGUGGGAAAUAUCAUUGUGGUGAUAAUUGCAGAGAGCACACUAAUAAAAAACCAGGCAGUGGAGUUCUUUGUGUUUGCUGCACUCAUGGGACUGAUGUCAGCCAUCUUCUUUGCCACAUCAAGGUUUUAUAAAUAUCAACCGAUUGACACUAGCAGCACAGGCAAAGAGAAUGAAUCUGAUGUAUUGAAUUCAAACUUUAAAGCACCUUACUCAGGCAAAGAGAACAGAACUGAGCUCAACAGAUAGCUCCUCAGAACACCAGAGAGCUACUCAUCCAGAGCCUACCAAACUACAAGUGGAAGUCACCAUAGUUUGUGUGUAUGUGUGCGUGUACAUGUGUGUGUAUGUGUGUGUGUGCAUGUGUGUGUGUGUGUGCGAGUGUGUGUGUGUGUGUGUGUGUGUGUGUGUGUGCGUGUGCACGCGUGUGUCUCAGUAGAGCAUAUUCUCCAGCUCCGUUAUAUUUGUUAAUCUGAACCAGUAUGUUCAUUGACCUCAACUAGGUGCUUCAUUUGACUGGAACUUGGUGUUGAAAAUAACCAGUGCCAUCUGGAUCUGAUACACCAGGAGUAGACUCUGAUGGGACCCAGUGAUAGUAUAAGCCACAGCAGAGAUCUGAGACCAUAAAGUUCUAACACUUUUCUAGGCUUGAGAUGAAUAAUAAACUGGAUGUGUGCAGUUGCUAUGGAGAUUUUCAGUAUUUUCUCAUUUCCAUUAGAAGGUAACCAAGGAGUUCCUCAAGGCAAUGUCAACCAUCUUCAGCUGCUUCGUCAAUGACCUUCCCUCCAUCAUACGUGGGGAUGUUCACUGAUGGUUGCACAAUGUUUAAUUUCUUUUACAGCUUCUCAGCAAAUGAAGCAGUCUGUGCCUGCAUGUAACAAGACUCAGGUGGGGCUGAAAAGUGGCAAGUAAUGCUCACACCUUAAAAGUGCCAGGCAAUGGCCAUCUCCAAUGAGAGAAAGUUUAGUCACCGACCCUCAAUAUUCAUCGGUAUUACCAUUACCGCAUGCCCCAACAUCAGCUCAGCAGGGUAGAUCACCAACAACUCGAAGUUCAACUGGACCAGUUACAUUAAUGCCAAGGGCAGGUCAGAGGUUGGCUAUCGUGUGGUGAGUGAUUCACCUCCUCAUGCCCCAAAGCCCUUCCGUCAUCUACAAGGCAUCAUCUAGGAGUGUGAUGGAAUGCUCUCCACUUGCCUGGACAAGUGCAGCACCAACAAUGCUCAGGAUGUCAACGCCGUCGAGGGCAAAGCAUCCUGCUGGACUGGCAACUUAUCCGCCAGCUCCAGCAUCCAAUCCCUUCACCAGUGGUGACCAGUAUCUGCAGGGAGUACCAUCUAAAAAUACAUGCAGUUCCCCACUGAAGCUAUUCCGACAGUUCCUCCCAAAUCCAUCACCUGUAUCUCAAAGGACAAGGGCUUUAGGUGCAUGGGAACACCACCACCUGCAGGUUCCCCUCCAGGUCGCACGACAUCCUGACUUGGAAACAUAUCAGCAUUCAUCCAUCGUCACUGAGUCUAAAUCCUGGAACUCCCUCCCCAACAGCACGCCGGGAGCACCUUCACUGGAGGGACUGCAGCGGUUGAAGAAGGUGGCUCAUCUUAACCCCUUAAGGACAAUUAAGGGUGGCAAACAGAUUCUGGCUUUGUUAGUGACGCCCAGAUCCCAAAAACGGAAUAAAUGAGAAAGAGAACGUAAAGUUGCUUUCGGUGCAGAUUAUAUCAACACCUGCAGUGUGACAGCACAGCACCAAGAUCGUAACUGAUGCAGGUGAGCAGAAUUUCUGUUGGAAGGACACCUGAAUUAUUCCGACAGUGGGGAACACCCCAGAGCAAGUUACUGUUCAAGACUACAGGAGGACAUACACUUUUUUUCAUUAGUGAUAACCCCAAAGUUUCCUGUUGCUGGAUUGUAAGUGUAUGAUUCGGCUCCUAGAUAGGCCACAUCUUGCUUACAAAUCCCUUAUGGGCCUUGCCCCCCUCACACAAGGAUAUGGGAGCAGGAAUAGGCCACAGGUCCCUUGAGUCUGACCCACCAUUCAAUCUGAUCACUGCUGAUCAGUCUCAGGCCUCAACUCCUGCUCUGUCCCAAUUCCCCGUAGCCUCCAUUUCCCCAAUCUGCCAAGAAUUUGCUAAUGUUGUGUUCUAUCAUUGUCACAUGUACUGAGAUGUGCUUUGAAAAGCUUUUGUUUGUGUGCUGUCAAGUCAGAUUGUGCAAUACAUAAGUACAUCGAGGUAGUAUAAAGAAAAAUAGAUUGCAGGAUAUAGUCUUGUAGCUACAGAGAAAGUGCAGUGCAAGUAGAUGAAUAAAAUAGAAGGGUUCAACUGGGAGAUCAAGAGUUCACCUUUUAGCGUAGGAGAGGUCCAUUCAAGGGUCUGCUAUCAGUGGGAUAAAAGCUGGUGGUACAUUCUUUCAAGCUUUUGUAUCUUCUGCCCGAUGGGAGAGCGGAGAAGGGAGAAUGGCCUGGGUGGGACUGUGGUUGAUUAUUUCAGCUGCUUUACCGAGGCAGCGGGAAGUGUAGAUGGAACCAAUGGAGGGGAGGCUGGUUUGUGUGAUAGACUGGGCUGUGUUCACAACCAUCUGCAAUUUCUUGUGGUCUUGGGCAGAGAAUGCUGCAUCUGUGAAAAUUAGUAAGAGUCACCUUCAAAUACCCCCAAUGACCCUGCCUCCACCAUCCUCCAGGGUAGAGAAUUUCAGAGAUUCACCAGCGCUUGUGAGAAGUUCCUUUGCACCUCAGUUUUAAAUGACCACCCCCUUACCUUGUAACUAUGUCCCUUGAUUGAGGUUCUCCUACUGGUGGAAAUGUCUCAACAGCUACCCUGCCAUGACCCCUUUGGAUCUUAUUUCCUUUGUUAAGAACACCCCUCAUUCUUCUAAAUUCAAAAGUAACCAGGUCUAACUUCCUUAGUUGUUCACAUUAGGACAAUCUUCUCAUCUCAGGAGUUGAAUAAACUACAUGUGUAUGCUAUUGUGUGCUAUCACAUGUUGAAGCUCUCUCAUCCAGCAUGCUUGGGACCUGGCUAGUGCCAGACCAUCAAAAACCCAGACCACAGAAAUUGCCCCCAGUCAUCUUCCUCUAAGCAGAACUGUUCUUUUUCGGUAAAGGCACUCCCUGGGUCACGCAAGGGUUUAGAGAACUGUCUGUCACCCAAAAUUUCCAUAAAUCGGAAAUGCUGUUAGCCAAGAUUGCAAAAGUUGCAUUGGUAGGUUACCUACGGGUUAGUACAGAUCUUAGUUAAUUGUUUAGAUUUAAUUAAUUAGUUUAGAUCUGUACUACACAUUCAAAACAGAUUUAAAAUGGGAGUUGCUGGACUCGAGAGUUUCAUCCUGAGCAUCCUUUUGUUAAGUAAAGGGCCUAAAACAAUAUCCAGUCCUGCACUUGUAGCCUCAGCAACACCCUGUAAAACUGUAAAAAUUCUGCUCAUAUUUUAAAUUCUAAUCUCCACCAACAAAGGCCUAAAUGUCUUAUGCCUUCUGAAUUACUUGUUGUACUUGCCUGCUAACUUUUUGUGAUUCAUGUACAAGAACACCUCGAUCCCUCUCUCCUCCUACCCAUUUGCAGUGUCUCUCAUUUGGAUAAUAGUCUACCUUUUGAUUCCUCCUACCAAACUGCUUGACCUCACACUUUUCUACUCUGUUAUCCCAGUUUUUGCCUAUCUAUGUCCCACAGAGCCCAAAUAUCCUCAUUGCAGCAUAUCUCUCUACAUAUUUGCCUAUCAAUUGCAAAUGUAGAAACUCAGUCCCCCUCAUAGAACAUAGAACAUAGCACAGGAACAAGCCCUUUGGCCCGUGAUAUCUGCGCUGACUAUGAUACCAAUCCAAGCUAAUCCCAUCUGCCUGUACAUGGUCAGUAUCCCUCCAUCCCCUGCCUGUUAAUGUGCCUGUCUAAACACCUCUCAAACGUUGCUAUCAUAUCUGCUUCUCCCACUUGCCCUGGUAGCGCCUUCCAGGGAUCUACCACUCUCUGUGCAAAAAACUUGCCUUGUAAAUCUCCUCCAAACGUUCCCCCUCUCACCAUAAUGUUAAGCCCUCGAGUAUUUGAGAAAAAAACCGUGACUAUCUACCCUAUCUAUGCUCUCAUAAUUUUAUAUUCUUCUUUCAUGUUAUCCCGUCAGCCUCCAAUGCUCCAGAGAAAAAAAUCCAAGUUUGUCCAACCUUUCCUUAUAGCUAAUACCCUUCAAUCCAUGCAAUAUCCUGGUGAAUCUCUUUUGAACCGUCUGCAAAACCUCCACAUCCUUUCUGUAAUGUAACACACCUUCUCUGUAGCUGUUAAACUUUAUUCUGCACGUGUUAUUGUUUUACCUUUACUACCUCAAUGCACUGUAUAGUGAAUUGAUCUGUAUGAAUGGUAUGCAAGACAAGCUUUUCACUGUACCUCAAUAUGUGACAAUAAUAAACCAAUCCAAUCCGAUCCUUAUCUUAUCUUAUCCGGCAACUGGAACGUUACACAAUACUCCAAAAGUGGAUUACCAAAGCUUUAUACAGCUACAACAUGACUUCUCAACUUUUAUACUCACACUCUGACCUCAAUACCUUCUUUACUGCCCUAUCUAAGAAAAGAUAUGAUAAGAUAUCUUUAUUAGUCACAUGUACAUCAGUGAAAUGCACCUUUUGUGUCGAUUGUUCUGGGGGCAGUCCGCAAGUGUCGCCACGCUUCCAGUGCCAAUGUAGCAUGCCCACAACUUCCUAAUCCGUACGUCUUUCGAAUGUGGGAGGAAACCAGAGCACCCGGAGGAAACCCACGCAGUCACGGGGAGAACAUACGAUCUCCUUACAGACAGCAGCCGGAAUUGAACCCAGGUCACUGGCGCUGUAAUAGUGUUAUGCUAAUCGCUACACUACUUGUUUUGCCACUUUCACGGAGCUAUGGACUUGCACCCCAAGAUCCCUCUGUACAUCGAUGCUCCUACGAGUCCUGCCAUUUACUGUAUACUUUCUUCUUACAUUUGACCUCCCAAAGUGCAACACUCACACUUGUCUGGAUUAAACUUCAUCUGCCAUUUCUCUGCCCACAUUUCCAACUGCUCUAUGUCCUGCUAAUCCUUUGACAACCUUCCUCACUGUCCAAGACUCUGCCAAUUUUUGUGUCAUCUGCAACAUUACUAAUCAGCGAAUCUACAUUUUCAUCUGGAUUACUUAUAUAUAUCACAAACAACAGAGGUCCCAGCAUUGAUCCUUGUGGAACACCACUGCUCAUAGACCUUCAGUCGGAAUAAAGUCAAAGUCAAAGUCGAGUUUAUUGUCAUGUGCACAAGUACAUGUAUUCACAGGUGCAAUGAAAAUCUUACUUGGUAUUGGUAUUGGUUUAUUAUUGUCACUUGUACCGAGGUACAGUGAAAAACUUGUUUUAUGAACCGAUCGUUCAGGUCAAUUCAUUACACGGUGCAGUUACAUUGAGUCAGUACAGAGUGCAUUGAUGUAGUUCAGGUAAAAAACAAUAACAGUACAGAGUAAAGUGUCACAGCUACGGAGUAAAGUAGCAGCACAGGCACAAUAACAUCCCUCCACCACUGCCCUCUUGUCUUCUACGGCCAAGCCAAUUUUGAAUCCAAUCUACCAAGUCUCCAUGGAUCUCAUGUUCUUUAAUCAUCUGCAUCAGACUACCAUGAGGGAUCUUGUCAAAAGCUUUACUGAAGUCCACGAAUACAACCUCCAUUUCCCUACCCUCAUCGAUCAUCUGCAUCACCUCGUCAAAAAGCUCAACUAGUCAUUAGUGGAGAUGGUAAAUAAGCUGAGGACAGUUUUGAACCUGAUGUGUUUGUCUUCAAACUGUAUCUGGAGUUUUUCUAUUCUCUGCUUACUACUCCCAGAGGAUCUUUAACUACAAAAUCUCUUAUCAAUCCUCCCUUAUUAUAGGUGAUCAAAUCUAAAAUUGUCUGUUCCCAGGUGGAUUCCAAAUGCUGAUUAAAAUCCCCCAUAAGAAUUGCAUUUCCAUUCUCGCACAUUUUUGAUUUUUCCCCAUUUACGCUUUGUCCGACUGUGAUGCAGUGAUGGACCUAUGACACGAUGAAGAACCUAUGACACGAUGAAGAACCUAUGACACGAUGAUGGACCCAUGACAUGACGAUGAACCUAUGUCACGAUGAUGGACCUGUGACAUGAUGAAGAACCUAUGACAUGAUGAAGAACCUAUGACACGAUGAUGGACCCAUGACAUGACGAUGAACCUAUGUCACGAUGAUGGACCUGUGACACGUUGAUGGACCUGUGACACGAUGAAGAACCUAUGACACGAUGAUGGACCCAUGACAUGACGAUGAACCUAUGUCACGAUGAUGGACCUGUGACACGUUGAUGGACCUGUGACACGAUGAAGAACCUAUGACACGAUGAUGGACCUAUAGACCACUCCCACCAUGUUGUCUUUCCUCUGCUGUUCCUUAUUUCCACCUAAACUGAUUCCACAUUGCAAUCUACCGCAUCGCUUUCACUACUCACCACCACACUGAUACCUUCCUGGGUUAACAACACUAUUCCACCUCUUUCUCCAUUCUGUACUCUGUGAUCCCCUACAACUUUGCUGCAUUAUGAAAUUUCUGCACACCUCCAAUUCCGACCUUCAAUCACUCCAAGACUAGGGUCUGUGCCUGCAGCUGCCAAGGCCCCAGGCUCUGGAACCCAUUCCAAAACCCUUCCACCCUCCAAGCUCUCCUUUCUCCUUUGAGAUGCUCCUUAAAACCCACCUUGCUUACCCUGUCAUUACGUGACUCAUGUUCUCCUCCAAUGUGCCUUUGGAAAAGGCUGCCGUCUUAAACAUACAUUCAAGCACGCCUUUGAAUGAUGUUGCUAAAUGCCCAUCUCUCUCACCCAUUUUGGGCUGCAAGACUCUGAACAUGGGAUGACUGGUCACCAGGUGACUACAGGUUGUACGAACUUCAUGUCAUUGACACUCACAGGGAAUGUGUAUAGAACCAAAACAAUACUAGACACUACAAUUCUCUAUUUUGCUUCCCAUGAGAAAGUUCACUGCUCCUCAGGUUCAUUCCCACUUCCCCAAAGAGAUUACACGUUAGAGCACAGCAUUAACUACCAUGUUGCAGCAACAUUCCUAAAUACACAUGCAUUCAGGCCUCAGAAAGGGUGUAUCUGGGGUUGCAUGUGCCCAAGGACACUGGAACCCAUUGCUUUGGUGUACAUCCAAAGAACCUAGAAGGCAGCAGUGCAGGUAGAUAAUGUGGUUAGGAAGGCAUAUGGGACCUGUUUCCGUGCUGUGUGACUCCAUGAUGAAGUGCCUGAUAACAAGGGCAAUUCUGACAGGCCAGGGACAUGUCCACACUCUGGGGUGGGCUGGACAACCAGAACUGGCAAUGAGGCAGUGGGUGAUAUGAAGCCAAGCAAACUGGAACUCACUCCGGCCUUGUUUGUGCUCUCCCUGGGGGCUCAGUGGUUGGCCGGGGAUCAGGGCAGCACGUCUCCUACCCCAUGAGCCUCCAUGCAGUCAGAAGAGGCAAACUGGGCUGGUUCGAGGACAUUCAGGGCACGGCCUAUGGGAAGAUUGACGACACACACCUCACAGCAGCAGGGCACAGCUAACUGGACAAGGUUGUGUAUGUUCAGGUGUGCACAAGCACUGAUGGAGUGUUUUGGGAUGUCUAUGAGAAUAUCUGUGUGUGCGUGAGGCUGCGUUUGAGUGAGUAUGUCUGGAUGUCUGUGGCUGUGUGAAUGUUGGUAUUUAUGUGUUGGAGUGUGUGCAUAAACGUGUACAGAAUUAGUUUGUGUGUGUGUGUGUGUUUGUGUUUGUAUGUGUCUACAUUUGUGUGUGCUUGCGUGUGCGCAUCUGUGUGUUUGUGAUUGUGUGUGCGCGCGCGUGUGUGCGUGUUUGCGCGCGCGUGUGUGUGUUAAAUCUUCUUUCUUUCUUUUUACAAUAUUUUUAUUAAUUCCACAAAGAAAAUAAAGAGUAGAAGCAUCAAAAAGAGGAUAAAAAUACUACUGAAUAUAUUGUGUUAAAUCACACAAUACUUUAUGUUAAUAAUCACAUGUGAUAGUUAGUUAAUGAAAAAAUUGGAAUAAUUUUAUUAUUAAAAAAUAUCUAA